AUGUUGGAAUAAACCAUUAAGGAAUUCAAUAACAAAUACAAUAUUGUUACAGAUCCUUUUGAACUCAAAUUCGAGGAGAGAUACCUACAAUAUAAGUAUAACACGUUGCUCCCUGAAUUCUAAGAUAGCAUAUUGCAUGAUAUAAAAGCAGCCACUCUCACAGCUUAGAAAGGCUACAUCUCCAGGAAGGUAUUGAAGUAUCAUUUAAUGAACCCAUGUCCUGAUAUUUUUACAUUGUAUAAAGUAGAUGAUAAUUAAAUUUAGGAAUCCUUACGACCGAGACUUCAGAAUCACUUUUAUUUCUCAGGAAUUGGAAGUGGAAUUAGAGUUGACAAUAUUAGUUGGCCAUUCCAAGAGGGUAUUGGGUUUUGCAUUUGGUUCAAUGUUGAGAAUGUCAAUUAUGAUUAAUUUAAUGAGAAUAAUUUUGGAGUUCAAAAGAUUUUGAGUAUUCAUGCUUAGGGUACAACAAAUGGAGGUGGAAUUGAAUGCUUUAUAAUGAGAGGAUCAGUUUACUACCGAAUAAUAGGGAAUGAGUAUAAAGAACCUUAGAUGGGUUAAGGAACACUAUUCUUAGGAUAAUUAAAGGAUGGAUAAAAUUUUCUAGGGAUAUCUCAUGAACCAUAGAAGACAUUCUCAUCUUCUCAUCUGACAAUCCUUUUUAAUAAUGAAUAGUAGAGUUCAAAAUUAUUUGAGUUCCCUCGUUUGAAUUAGAAUGCACGUGUUGCUAGAUUCAAUAUUUGCCAGAACUUUUUUGGAACAUCAACUUGCAUAAUCGUUAUGAAUCAAUCUUCCACUAAAAUCAAAACAAUUUAAUCUGUGUAUGGAUAAUAGUAGAUGGAUUAUAAUAAAUUGAAGACCUUGCAGGCCUGUUUGGAUAGAUACUUUGAACGCAUAAUGUCAAUCUACAUACCUGAGUUUGCAAGUGGCAAUCGUAUAAUUGAUAUAAUGGGCAAUCAAGAAGGUAUUUUACAGAACCGUUCAGGCUUUGUGGUAGCCGAUAAGAAUAAAUUCAAUUAAUUUGGAGGCUUCAAAUUAUUCUAUGCUCUCCUUCAUUUAGCUGCCAAUUAUCCAGAUCAUAUCGCAACCAUGUUUGAAAUUGUCAACAUCAUCUUGAAAAACAAUAAUUAACUUUAAUCGGAAGCAUAUCACUCUAAAUUCAUACCUACUAUAGCUUCCAUUAUUAUGAGUUUUUAAAGACCUUUGAUCAAUCAUAAAUGCGUUGAAUUGUUGAAUGAAACCAAGUCAGUGAUUACAGACAAUCGAUUAAUGGAACACUUCUUUAUUUACAUUCUUUGGAAUUCUAAAUUGCAUUAACUAUGUACUUCAGAGAAACCAUUUAUUAAUUAUCUACAAUUAUCCUGUAUUAAUUACACGCAGAAUCAAUUCACUAGCAUCAUCUCUCCUAGAGAUUUAUUAGACAUCCUAAUAUAUUCUUAUGCUGAUGAUUAAUGUUGCCAUCUGCAUUAUCAAAAUCCCAAACCCUCGUUUCAAUUAAAAUUCUUUGAAAAAAUACUGUAUUUACUUACUUAGUAAUCUGAUACCACUGAAAAUUUAAUUCUCUUUGAAUCCUAUUUCUUAUACAAAAUGUCUCCAUGUCUGCUUUUGCAAAUAUUGACAAUACUCAAGAGUUUACUAGUUGACAAUAUUGAUGAUGGAAUCAAAACUGUUCACAUUUUACAAGUAUGGAAUCAGAACAAUAUCGUCCAUCAAUUGUUGUUUCUAUUCAAAACUACCCCAUAAAAUGAUGUUAGGGCUAUUAUCAUCUACUUCUUGAAUUUGAUCUCAUAACAACAAUUCAAUCCCUAUUAAUCCUAACAAACUGAAGAAGCCAUAGAGUUCAUCAAUUAUACAAUAAUUUUAAAUAAGAACGAUCAAAUUGAAUCAAAGACUACAUUGACUCCAAUUUACAAUCAACUCAUGGGUUGGAUGAUCAAUAAAUUAAAAAUAGGAGCCAAUGAGUCUGUAAUGAUAGAGGAAGGUGAUCAAAUUCAUCUAUCAAGCAUUAUAAAUAUCAUUAUGAAAAUAUUGAAGUACUCUUAGGAUCAAAACCUCAAGGCACAAAUCCUAUAGGAUUUCUUAUGUCUAUGCAAAUCCCAUCAAAACAAUUGCAAGAUCAUGUUGGACGAAGAUCAAUUUCAAUCAUCCCUAUUAAGAACCAUAUCAAUUUAAGCAGAAAAUAAUCUAAUCUAUGAAAUAGGAAAUCGCUUGCAUUCCACCUUGCUCUUGAAUGUGAUGAAACAUGAGAUUAAUGGAGCAGAGUACUUUUAUGACUUACUAAAAUUCGAAGGUUAAAAUGAAAAGUAAAUCCAAGCCCUUUUUGAAUUGCUCUAUGAUUAAUUUAAAAACUAUUCGCCCUCUUAUGAUUCAUAAAUAUGGAAGAACAUUAUGGCGAUUCUUAUGUAUCUGUUUGAAUUGAAAGAACGAUAUGAAAAUUACCUACAGAAAUUCAACAUCCUAAUUAAUUUACUCUAUAAAGAAUAUGUAUUUAAAGGCCAAAUUGAUGAACAACUUGUUCAAAUCUCCAACUUCUACAAUGGGCCAAUCAGAGAGUUUUCGCAGAGAAUGUUUUAAUUUCUAAACACCAAUUUGAACCAAGUCUAAGUAUUCGAAAUUCUGUUGAAUGUCAGUGAUGAGGAUAACCUUCUUCAACUGCUAUUGGUACAUUCUCUAUGUCAAGAGAUUUGCAAAUCGGAAAUAUUUUAUCCCCUAUAAUUGAUACUAGGUGUAACCCUUAAGAAAGUGCCAAGGUCAAGAAUUCGAGAAGUCAUCACAUAAAUGUGUUUGAUGAUCAGCAUAACUUUGCAAAAGAACAACAAUUCUAUAUUGUAUAGAUUCUUCCUUGAAUUAUAUGAAGAUUUUGAGCAGUUGUUUGAUGCUUUGGUUACCACUAAUUUCACCAAUGAAAAACUCUUUGAAGAAUUGAUCAAUAAAUUGAAAUUGGAUCAAGAGUAUAUGGAUAUCAAAAUAGUCCAUCCUUAACGUUGGUCUAAAGAAUCGGGUGUUUCCUUAAACACUUUACUCUACGAAGUCUAAUCCUUUGGUGAGGCCCGUCUCAUCUAAAUUGAAGAAAGGAAAGCCUAAUGGUUAUAUCUUGAAAGCAACAAAGAAAGAAUCGGAAGACAUCAAUACUAUAAGAGUAUUAGGCAGAUCUUUUUGGAGGGAGAGUGGCUUACAAAUAAGAAAGGAUUCUAUUAAAGGGAUUCCAUAAUACAAGACUUCGAUAUCGAGUUCUAAAUGGAUGAUAUCUAAUCAGUCAAGGUUUCUAGAAUGCUUACCAAGUACUUGGUUCGUCCCUACUUAAAAACAGUAGUGAGAAUCCCAGAGUAGUUCAGAAACUACCCUGUCAUUCACACUCCUCUUGAAGCUCCCUUGUUGUUAUACUCUCAGUCUAAAUAGAAAUCCUUUGGGAAUUUACAAGCCAUUCAAGCUGCCACUUAAAUUUAUAAUAUGAGUAAAGCCAUAGGCAGCAAUAUUAAGAAUGCCGUCAUGACCAUAGCUACUCAAUAACCAUUUGCUUAGUAAUUGAAUGUGAAAUAAUUUGCCGAUAAUACAUUUAAAGGUAAGAGAAUCUUAGUCAUUGAUGGUUUAUACAACUAUCAUGCCUUUUUCACUUUGAGUAACUCUCAACUCUUGGUGCAAUACGAAAAAUUGGUAGAAAAAGUGAGUCAUGUUUCCCUUUGUGAUUUCUAAUUAAGAGAUGAUUAAUUACUUCUCAAGAAGUACCCAAUAUACAAUCUUGUGUAAAUUAUUAAGAAGAAAUAUUUGCAGAAAAAAAAUGCCCUUGAAAUUUUCUUUAUUGAUGGUAAAUCUAUAUUCUUCAGUGUUCCUGAUCCCAACGAUUUGGAAGAAAUUUCAAUCAAGAUAUUGAGUUUCAGGAAGAGUUCCAAUGCCCCGUUUUUCAAUCAGAGCAAGACUACAGAUCCAGUUAAGUUGAUUGAUAAACUAGGUUACUACCAAAAAUGGGUUAAGUACACUUUUUAAUUCUACAUUAGAUCUUAAAUGAGUAACUUCAAGUACUUGCUUAUGAUUAACAAUCUGUCCUCAAGGAGUUAUAAUGAUUUAACCUAAUACCCUAUAUUCCCAUGGGUAUUAUAGGAGAAUGAUCAAAGCGGGUAAAUUCAAAUACAUCCAAUGAAGAUAUACCCUGAAGGGAGAUUUAGACCUUUAAAUAAGACCAUGGGAGCUAUGGGGAAUGAAUCUAGAAUCCAAAGUUAUAUAGACAGAUUUGAACAAUCUGAAUAGGGAAGUGAAAUACCUCCAUUUCAUUAUGGUUCACAUUAUUCAUCUCCUGCGAUCACUUCUUAAUACCUGAUCCGAUUGGAACCAUUCACUAGUGCAUCCAAAGCUAUACAAGGAGACAAGUUUGAUAUGGCUGAUCGAUUAUUUUACUCCUUUAAUGAGAGUUAUCGUUGUGCUAUUGAAGAUAUUGCUGACGUCAGAGAACUCAUUCCAGAAUUCUUUUGUCUACCAGAAAUGUUCCUGAAUAUUGCGAAUCUUAAUUUUGGGAAAACUCAGAAUGGCAAAUAGGUGAAUAAUGUUCUACUGCCAAAAUGGUGUGAGGGUAAUCCUUGGUUGUUUGUAAGUGGGUAUAGGAAUGCCUUGGAAAGUGAGGAAGUUUCUAAACAUCUCCCAGAGUGGAUAGAUCUCAUUUAUGGAUACAAAUAAAGAGGCAGAGAAGCCUAGAAAUCUUUGAAUGUUUUCUUCUAUCUCACUUACGACAGUCCUCUUACGAUGUAGAAGAUGGAAGAGAAUAAAUUGGGAAUCGAGUCUCAGAUUGUUAAUUUUGGCAUAACACCCACUCAAUUAUUUACUAGAUAACACAGCGAGUAGAUUACAUAUAAUGAAUUUCAAUUUGUUUCAACGUCAUCCAGAUUAACACAAUUUAGACCCUCACAAAAGAAGAAUAUUCAUAACCAGUUAAAACCCAUAGUUGAUUUCCAAUCUCUAAACAGUUAAGCAAUAGUAAUGAUCAAAUUGAUAUCCAAUAAUCGAUUGUUGUGUUUGAGAAAGGAUGGAAAAAUUAAUUAUUUCAAAUAUGCUGCUAGUGAUCCCCAAUAAAAUCAAGCACCCUUUACAUUUGCAGCUGAAAAGGAAAAACAAAUGAGUUUUGCUAAACCUUAAGGAGAAACCUUUAUGUUGUUGGAUCCCAUCGUUUAUCUAUCAUCUCAUCCCGUACUGAUAUUGAAUCAAGGGAAACUCUUCCUUUGCGGUGGUUACUUUCUUGGUAAAUUAAUCGCCAUUGGAGAAAAUAAUCAGAUCAGCGAUGUUUAUUAAUUCCAUACCAGUACCAUAACCAAAUUGAUCACUGACAAAAAAGAGUCCAUGGUAAUUUCAGGUGAUAAAACAGGACAUGUGAUACUUUGGAAAAUAGACAAAUCUACCUACAAGUUACAAGUCUAAAGAAUGUAUUUCCAACAUUAAAACCCAAUCAAUUGCAUUAACGUUUCAAACAGUAUGAAGUUGUUUGCCACUGGUUGUGCAGGAGGAUCCAUCAAUGUGUAUAAUCUCUAUACUGGAUCCCUUUUGAGAACUUUUACCCAUCCCAACAAACUAGCCAUCAACUCCAUCCUUUUGAGUAGUCGUCCCCUCUUUUGCAUAGUGUUUUUCUCAGCCCAAGAUCACAAGAUAUACAGCUAUUCAAUAAAUGGAUACUUUUUAGAAGUUCAAACUGAAACCUGUUUCUCCAUAAUUGAUUGUCAAAUUAUAAGGAACAAUCUUUUUCAAGAUAUUAUGGUAUUGUAUCACAUUAGAGAAAAGAUUUAUGGCACAGAGAACAGGGAGAUCGUUCGGAGACAAUUACCGUAUUUGCAACCAAAUCAACACAAGAUCAAAUUAGAGGUAGUUCCAUUGUCCAUUGUUCCAUCAAAGGAUAAGAGAUUUCUGUUUUGUGGAUGCAGUGAUGGCGAUUUGACGAUAAUGACGGAAAUCCAACUAAAUAGAUGA